GUCGAUAGUAAUUUGACAUGCUGCUUAGAAAUCAUCGCUUAAAAAAUAUUAUCAAAAAAAUCAAAAUAAAUUUUUCUUGAUAAAAGGAACUGUUACUAUCGUCAACAAUGCCUGUGAGACGUGGUCAUGUCGCCCCAAGAACAACUCUCAUCGAAACAAUUAUUCGAAAAUUUGAUACUGACAACCGUUCAUUCUUGGUUGCGAAUUCCCGACAAGGCACGUAUCAUAUAAUUUAUUGUUCAGAUGGAUUUUGUCGUUUAACGGGGCAUUCACGUGCUGAAGUGAUGCAACGAACAGCAUCAUGCCAAUUUUUAUGGGGUCCAUUAACUUCACAACAUAGUGUAAAUGUGUUACGAGAAGCGUUAGCUAGCGGCAUCGAAAAACAUGCUGAAAUUUUAUAUUAUCGAAAAGAUGGUACAAAGUUUCUAUGUUCCGAAGUCAUUGCACCAAUUCGAUCUGAAGUCGAUGAUAUUAGUUUAUUUAUCAUUAAUUUCGAGGAUUUAACAUCACCGCAAAGUUUAACUGAAGAACCGCCAAUACCUCCACCGGGUAGACUUAGUAAAUUUAAUCGUGCGAGAGCAUCAUUUCGGCAAAGUUUUAAGUUGGGCCAUUCAUUACGACGUAAUCGGGGUAGACGUUUAGCUGGAUAUUUAACACCUCCGAGCGAUGUACCAACAAACGAAGAGGACGCACAAGAUACAGAAAACUGCCCGUUAACGCAAAGUGAUCCAUCGCCAGUAUUGGAACGUGGUAAUUGGGGUAAAACAGGUACAGGGACCGCCGGUGGCACAGAGCAAACAAUAUCAGACGAUAAACAAGACAAAGAUAAAACUAGUACUAGUGGUUUUGGGGAACAACAAUGCAGUAGCAGUAGUCAACAACAACAACGAAAAGAAAAACAAAGUUAUCCUGGUCCUGGAAGUGGUGCUCCUGGUAGUGGUGAUCCAGAUUUUUUAAUAUUAGUGAGUGGUGGGGCUGGGGACACAACGAAAUCAAGUGGCAGUAGUGGCAAAAGUAAAGAUGACACGGCAACGCUUAAAAAAUUACAUAAUCAAAAGAAUUUAACAAAUCGUGAACAUACUGUGUUAAGUAUUAGUCAAAGUGCUCCGAAUUCAACGCAAAGUAGUUUUGAGAACGAUCCAAAAAGUAAUUGUAUACCAUUACCGCUACCGCUACCGCUUGAACGUCCAAAACACAAAGCAAAAAAAAGUAAUAGUCAAAAUAGUAACAGUUCGGUACAAAUAGCUCCAAUUGCAAGUCCAGAAUCGAUAUCAAUUGGUCACAAUGGGUCCAGUAACAUUUCACAGACUUCAAGUUUAGAUGCAAUCAGUAAAAGACAAAAUUUUAGUAAAAAUGGUCAUACUUCAGCCAAAAUAAAUAGUCGAAGUUCAUCGAAUAAAAACAGUUUCACAAAACCGUUUCAUAACGUAUCUAGUGAGAGUGAUUUACAACGUUAUCGAAUUAGUCACGAUCGAAAAUCACCCUCAUUAAGUAAUGUACCCUCAGAUUCAUUAAAACACAAAUUUUCUAUGCAAGAUAAUGGUUCGGCCAAAUAUUUUCAAAGUGGCUUACAUACACCAAAAAUGGGUGAAAAAGUUGCUCAGGUGCUAUCAUUAGGAGCGGAUAUUUUACCUGAAUAUAAAUUACAAAGUCCACGAAUUCAUAAUUGGACAAUUUUACAUUAUUCACCAUUUAAGGGUGUUUGGGAUUGGUUAAUAUUAAUAUUAGUGAUAUAUACAGCGAUAUUUACACCGUAUGUGGCUGCGUUCUUGUUAAACGAACCUGGUUAUGGCAGUUCCGAUAAACAUAAAGGACCGAAAAAGUAUGCAGACGAUCCAAUUGUUGUUAUAGACUUAAUAGUGGAUGUUACAUUCAUAGUCGAUAUUUUAAUAAAUUUUCGAACAACGUAUGUGAACGGAAGUGAUGAGGUUGUAUCCCAUCCGGGCCGUAUUGCUGUUCAUUACUUGAAAGGAUGGUUUUUAAUUGAUUUAGUCGCAGCCAUUCCUUUUGAUCUAUUAUUAUUUGGAAGCGAUACCGACGAGUUGGGCCUGGAUAAGGACGAGACGACUACGUUAAUUGGGUUACUAAAAACAGCUCGAUUAUUACGAUUAGUGCGUGUUGCCAGAAAAAUUGAUCGAUAUUCUGAGUAUGGUGCGGCUGUCUUACUUUUAUUAAUGGCUACAUUUGCGCUAAUUGCACAUUGGCUCGCGUGUAUUUGGUAUGCAAUUGGUAACGCAGAAAGACCUUUAUUAAAAUCAAAAAUUGGAUGGUUAGAUAUUUUAGCAAACGAUACCCAUCAAUAUUACUAUUUAAAUAACACAGGUGGUCCGUCCAUAAGGUCUCGUUACGUAACCGCUUUGUAUUUUACAUUUACAUCGUUAACUAGUGUAGGUUUUGGUAAUGUUGCGCCAAAUACAGAUGCUGAGAAAAUUUUUACAAUAUUUGUAAUGCUUGUCGGAUCGUUAAUGUAUGCAAGCAUAUUCGGUAAUGUAUCGGCAAUUAUUCAACGUUUAUAUUCAGGAACAGCUCGAUAUCAUACACAAAUGUUACGUGUUCGAGAAUUUAUUCGAUUUCAUCAAAUUCCAAACCCAUUACGGCAACGUUUAGAAGAGUAUUUCCAACAUGCUUGGACAUACACAAAUGGUAUUGACAUGAAUUCAGUAUUAAAAGGCUUUCCAGAAUGUCUACAAGCCGACAUAUGUUUACAUUUAAAUAGAAAUUUGUUAAAUAAUUGUUCAGCUUUUCAAGGUGCUAGUCCGGGCUGUUUAAGAGCGUUAUCAUUAAAAUUUAAGACAACACAUGCACCCCCAGGUGAUACAUUAUUACAUAAAGGGGAUGUUUUAACAUGUUUAUAUUUUAUUUCACGAGGUUCUAUUGAAAUAUUAAAAGAGGAUAUUGUUAUGGCGAUUUUAGGGAAAGACGAUAUAUUUGGUGAAAAUCCUUGUAUAUAUCCAACAAUAGGAAAAUCUAGUUGUAAUGUUCGUGCGCUUACAUAUUGUGAUUUACAUAAAAUUCAUAGGGAUGACCUUUUAGAUGUCUUAGAAUUAUAUCCAGAAUUUUAUACUUAUUUCAUGAAUAAUUUAGAAAUUACAUUUAAUAUGAGAGACGAAGAACAAGCUGGUGUCGAACCAAAAUUUCAUUUGUUACACUAUCCACGAUCAGCAUCACAAAACGACAAAGAUAAAAACGAUAGUGGUGAUAAGGAUAACAAUGGUGGGGGCCUUGGUGGACUUGGUGCAGAUGGUGAAGUUGAAUUAAAUGCAGCGGCUGGCAAUUAUCGCUCAAAUUAUAGUACCUACGGUCAUGGAUUCACCGAACAUCAAUAUCCAUCGAAUCGUGGCUAUUAUAUCAAUCCGAAUUUAAAUACAAAUGCUGGUCUUGGUGAUACUACGGCGUUUGCAGGACACGCGCAUGCGGGAGUACAACAGUUGCUUGCUCUACCAGGUGGCUGCACUGCUAGCAAUCAAGAGGUACAGCAUUAUGUGAGCGGAUGUAGCACUCAAUACUGUCGGGCGCAUAAUCAUUCGCAUGCGGGCUCGUUAAGUCGAGGUAAUUCAAUUCAUCGAGAUAACAGCGAAGAAAGUGAAUCAGGUCAUGGCAUCUUAGAAUUUUCAACCGAUAAGGCAGGUCAAGAUAUUACACCAAUGAAUUUAGAUUUUGGACAGGAAAAAAUUCGAAGUUCAACGUUCCAAAGUAUUACAGGCAUGUUUACACAACUGAAAAGAAGUUUUCCAGAUCUGAGACUUUCAAAGUCGACACACCAGCCACUAUUAGCACAACAACAAUCUCCGGUAGAAUGUUCGAAUCGGAUUCGAACAAUACGUCGACAAUCGUCAAUCGGUGGUGGUUUUCAAGAUUCUAGUUUAACGAAUAUAACAUCUAGUCAAACGAUGCCUUUAACAAAUAGUUUUGGCACUAAUGGAACAAAUACAUCCAGUUUUCAUACGUCACACAGUUUAGGAACGGCUGCGGCUGCUACAUCAGCGACAAAUACCCACACAAAUGGCGCACAUAAUUAUGCAAAUAUAUUGCCAUUAGAAUUAAUACAAAGUACAACUGCUGCCAACAAUAUAAAAUUAAACAAUAUGAACGUAAACGUAGCUGGUGUUGGUGAAUCAACGCUAGAGAGUCAAUCACGUUUACUAAAACAUGCCAAAGAUAGUCAACAAGAGUUCAUCGAACAAAUGAAAUUAGCGCAAAGUGAGUUGGAUAGUCCUGAACAUAACUUCACGCCAUUAAUAACACUUGGCGUGGGUGUUGGUCAAGCGACCACCAGCAAUGUGAAUAUUCACAGUACGUCAUCAAUGCUACCAACAUUAGAAUCAACAUCAAAUACUAAUCAGAUACAAGACAGAGAUCGAAUUGAGCAAAUAGCAAGUACAAAACAAAGCAAUAACAAUAAUGAACAAUUGGCUCAAAAUGCUCAAAUAUUUGAGUUAUCAGACAAUAUGAAUAUGAACAUGAACACAACCGAUUCAAAACAUUCCAAAACAUCCAAAAGUAAUUUAAGCACUAACAUUUACACACAGAUAUCACAACAUGACGUCUUAAACUUAGAUUUAGGAGUUCAUCAUUUAUUACCAAAUUCCAGUUCAUAUUAUGAACCACAGGGUGUACCAACGGCACAAUUACAAGAUGUACCAAGCAGUACAACUGCAACAACUGCAGUUGCAGUCCAACAGUUUGAACAAUUAAAUAAUAAAAUAGAAGUUUUAACACAACGUGUAUACAGUUUGGAGACGACAUUAGCUCGCGAUGUUAAACUAAUAUUAUCCUUAAUACAGCAAAAAGAUUUCACAUCGAAAGAUUCAAGUCCAACGCAUGCCCAAAGCGAUCAACAAGAGCAAUCGAAUACACCAGGUCGAUCGUCAACAGCAGUGCCAUUAUUAGAUGUACCUGAAGAAGACAUCGAACCUGUUUAUCAGAAUUUAUCGAUACAGCAAGAUACGAAUUUAGAUGAACAGACAACGACUGCAAGUAUAGGUGCGAGUGUGACGGUAACGGGUGCGGGAACGAGUGAUGAAUCAAAAGGACUUGAACGUAUUUACGAGAAUAUUGCAUUUCGAGCGAAUACGAGUACACGACAUCCAUCACAAAUGCAACGUUCAUGUUCGGAACCGGAAAAACGUUCACUCCCUAGCAUGGAGCAUGGUUUCAAAACUAGUUCUCAAAGUUUAUACAGAUUUUCAUCUUUAAAUAGUAAUAAUAGUAUUGAUAGUCCCACAAAUUCCACUGAACUCAAAGACAAAGCUGAUAAAACUGCACCAAUAGCAACCUUAGAAUCCUUAGAUGAGUUAGACCUAGAAAGUACUGUAAGUUCUGACAGCAAGUCACAGAACAAUGACUAAAAUAUAAGAAUUUGAUAAUAAGAAAAAUUCUAACGUUGCCUUGUCGAAUGUUCUAAGGUUUAUAUCAAUAAUCAUUAGCGCAGCCAAAUUUGUACCCAAAUCCAGCCUUACAAAUAUAUACAUAUACCUCCAAAACAAUCCGAAUAAGUGUGGAAAAAAAGGCUUAAAUUAGAAACAAUUUUUAUACCUUUGAUAAUAAUUUUCUCACAAAAAUUCAAAAAAAAAAAUCCAUCCAGACAUGUUAUUCGCGCCUGACCUCUCUCCUCAAAAAAAAUUUGCUUAAUUUCUGCUAGAAAAAUAAAACAAAAUUGCACUUAAAAUUCGUCCAAAAUUUAUUUGUAAGGCUGACAACAAAUUCACCCCUCCCUUCAAAAUCACCUUUUUUAUUUUUUUAGACUGUCCGUAAAAUCCAAAACCGAGACAUUUAUAAUUCUUGGUGCACCUCAUUUUUGUGAUCUAGACUCGCUACAAGACAUCCCUAAUAGCUUUAGGGAAGACUUUUUAUAAGCUUAUUAUUUUUGUCAUGAUCCAACGAUGUCAAAAGGGUUUGGGGUCAUAAUGACCAAAGCUUCCUUGAUAAGAAAUAUGCACUCGAAAGUGACAUCAGGUUUUUUUUGGACCGUUUUCUCUUCAUUGUAAGUGCUCAUUAUUAUUUUAUGGACAGUCUCGUUCCUUAGCAA